AUGGGGGCGUAUCUGGCGAAGCCGAAGACCCAGAAGGUGUCGGAGGACGGCGGAGAGGAGGGGCGCACGAUCACCUCCUUCGGAGCCGCGUCCAUGCAAGGAUGGCGGCAGACCAUGGAAGAUGCACACAUCGCCACUCCGUCGCUGAGGACUGGUGCUCCCCCCUCGACAGCGAAGACGCUCGAGGAGUUGACUGCUCAGUCGGGGACCGCGGAGAAGACGCGAAACGUCCCGGCCUUUGCCCAAGACAUGUCUCUCUACGCCGUCUUCGAUGGCCAUGCCAGCAACGCCGUCAGCUGCUGGGUGUCUGACCACUUCACCAAGGUGUUCCUGGACCGCUUGGAGCAAAUCGAGGCAGACGCGCGGAAAGGCGUCUCGCCGGCGGGUCUCGCGGAGUCGCUCUCUCGGGAGCUGCCUGACGACAGCAUCUUCAGUCUGAGGAACGCGGUUCUCUGCGAAGCGCUGCAGCAAAGCUUCUUGGACGUCGACGAACAGAUGAAGCGGGAGGAAAACCGACAGGAACUAAAAAAGUACUUCGAACAGGGACAAAUCGAGCAGCGAGACAACGAGACGUAUAUCCAAAGAUACUUGAACGACGGAGGCGACGUGCGCUUGGUGGAAAUGGAUGGGCAAAAGUACCUCCAGUUCGUACCCCGGACGAGUGACGAAGAGGACGGCGAAGGGGCGUCUGCGGUGGAGGAGGGAGAGGAGAAGGAGAAAGAGGAGAAGAAGGAGGAGAAGAAGGAAGAAGUCGAAGAGGCGUCGUCUCCCGCGUCGCCGGUGAACGGAGAGGCAGAGAAGAACGAGAGGACCGGUGCGGAGGGCGAGGUGGUGAACAAGCUGACGCGUCUGAACAGCACAAAGUUGGGCGACGAAGAGACUGAAGAGAAAGACAAGAAGACCGAGGGAGAGGAAGAGAAAGACGCGGAUAAAGAAGAGGACGACGAAGACAAAGCUGGCGACAGACCUCUUUUCGCCCAUCCCAGCACGCCCGAAGGCUCGGGAGCGACGGCCGUCGUCGUCCUUGUCGUCGGCGGCGAAGAUCCAGUCAUCAUCACCGCAAAUGCCGGAGACUCGCGAGGGGUGAUUUGCCGGGGCGGAAAGGCGUUUCCACUGUCGCAUGACCACAAACCUACGAACCCGGACGAGAAGAAGCGCAUCGUCGCCGCUGGUGGCUACGUGGCAAAUGGCCGCGUUGACGGGAACCUGAACCUCUCGAGGGCUGUCGGAGAUCUGUUCUACAAACAGAGCAAGGAUCUGCCGGCCAAGGCGCAAAGAAUCACCGCCUUCCCUGAUGUCCGCAUCACGAGGAUCACGCCGGAGGACGAGUUCGUUAUUAUUGCCUGCGACGGGAUCUGGGACGGAAAGACUAACCAGGAAGCCGUGGACUUUGUCCGUGAGAAGCUGGACGCGGCGGGAGACGUGAGCUCCGCGACUCUGAAGAAGAUUUGCGAAGAUCUCUGCGACGAGUGCCUCGCAGAAGAUCCUCUCCAGUCAGAAGGUCAUGGGUGCGACAAUAUGACGUGCCUGAUUGUGGAGCUGUCGUCGUCUUUGAAGGCUGGCCCCAAAACAUCGGAGGAGCCGAUUACGCUCUACGGGGGAGGCGAAGACAAAUAUCUGGGUCGGGAUGAAAACCAGUUCGAGUCGGACGACAACGACGAUACGCCUCUCACCCCUGGCGCGCCUGCGUGGGGCUCUCUGCAUCUGUUUCCGCCGUGGGAGUUCAAGCGAGUUGUUCGUGAGAAACAGAUGCUUUCCCGGUUUCAUGCCAUUUUCCUGGUCUAUGAACAGGAGAAGACUUUCUGGUCGGCGACGCGCUUUUCACCCGAUGACGCGUUUCGUCAGGUGUACGUCCACCGCAGCAUGGAUGUUGACCGUGAAACGUCCAGUGUCGGUUUCUGUUCUCAGCAGGAAGAACAUGCGUGA